AUCGCAGGAAGGCGGGCCAACUGUGGUUUGAAUGAGGAAAUAGAAGUGCAAACAAACACAGUCGCUUGUUGUGAUUGUCUGCACGAACAGGAUGAAAAUGUUUCGAGUCGUGUGUCUGCUCGCCUUCGUCAGUGUGCUGAGUCCUGCUGCUGAAGCUCUGGACAAUGGUCUGGCGCUGAAACCCACUAUGGGAUGGCUGCACUGGGAGAGGUUCAUGUGUAACAUGGACUGUCAGAGGGACCCGGAGAACUGCAUCAGUGAGCGUUUGUACAUGCAGAUGGCAGAUGUGAUGGUGAAGGAGGGCUGGAAAAAGGCCGGUUACGAGUACGUCUGCAUCGAUGACUGCUGGCCCUCCCACCAGCGCGAUGCCCAGGGCCGCCUGCAGGCAGAUCCCAAAAGAUUCCCCAGCGGCAUCAAGAAACUGGCCGACUAUGUCCACUCUAAGGGUCUGAAGCUGGGUAUCUACGCAGAUGUGGGCAAGAGUACAUGUGCUGGAUACCCUGGCAGUCUGGGUUACUAUGAGACAGACGCUCAGACUUUUGCUGACUGGGGUGUGGAUCUGCUCAAAUUUGAUGGCUGCUAUAUGGAUUGGACUUUGCUGGGAGAAGGCUACACAAACAUGUCAAAAGCACUGAACAAAACCGGAAGAAGCAUCCUGUAUUCCUGUGAGUGGCCGUUGUAUGAGUGGCCUUUCAGAAAGCCUAACUACACAGCCAUUCGUGAGACGUGUAACCACUGGCGCAACUUCAAUGACGUGUACGACUCAUGGAGCUCUGUCAAGUCCAUCUUGGAAUGGACUGCUUCUCAUCAGGACAUCAUCGUGCCCUCAGCUGGACCUGGAGGCUGGAAUGACCCCGAUAUGCUCGUAAUUGGGAACUUUGGCCUGAGUCACGACCAGCAGGAGUCUCAGAUGGCAUUAUGGGCCAUCAUGGCAGCGCCUCUGCUCAUGUCUAAUGAUCUAAGGAACAUUUGUCCUCGCUCCAAAGAGCUGCUGCAGAACAGACGCAUCAUAGACAUCAGCCAGGACCCAUUGGGCAAGCAGGGAUACCGCAGUGCCAAGGUGGACAGUUUUGAAGUGUGGGAGAGGCCCCUGUCAAAGAACCGUCUGGCUGUCGCUGUGCUGAACAUGCAGGAGAUCGGUGGUCCUCGAGGGUUUGUCAUCAGAGCUUUUCCUGGCUGGAAGAUCUGUGACCCCAAAUGUAACGUGACGCAGAUCCUGCCUCAGUACAAGGAGAUGGGUGUUCAGACUCAACAAAGCACAUUGGCGAUACCUGUCAACCCUUCAGGCACUGCUCUGCUGACUGUCACUCCCAUCAGCGGUGACUUUACAGGGAUUCACAAGCUGCACUGGGAGAACGUGUCCGUCAAACACAAGUACAUUUUAUAGUCUACUGUUGGCUAUGCACUUUAUUCUUUGAUUCAAAUGGACAAAUGUUAAUCCUUUAACUUUUUAAAAUAGUUUUGCUUUCAUAAAACUGUGUGUAAAUUCAAAAAGGGAGUGUGAGUUAUAGUCUCGGGUUUGCUUGAAUCGAUGCUGUGAUGGGGACAGUACAUCUGCUACUUUUUAACAUGUUGAAUAAAAUCACUGGAGAGUAAUUGUUGCACACAAGUGUUGACUGUCUAGACGAGGCUGCUUAAAGGUUAGAUUACCAUAAGAGACGAGGGCUGAAUUUCUCACCUCAAACAAGAAUAAUGAAAAAGGUUAAAAGAAAGGACUUAACUCCAAAGUAUGUUUUGAGACAUUUAUUCAAAAUAGUGACAGCUCAAUAAGUCUGGACCACAGCUUAGAACUGGAUGACCUGGCCCUGUAAGAGAACAAAAAAAUGUGUCAAUGAUACAUGGUUCACUUCAAAUGCUGCUGGAAAUUUAUUAAAUUAUGAGAAUUAUGAA